GGAGGAUAAAAAAAGAAGGAAAAGGAGAAAGAAAGAAAAGGAGAAAGAAAGAAAAGGAGAAAGAAAAGGAAAGCGCUCGCCUGCUCUCUAGAAUAACAAAAUACCUGAUCGUAACAAAAUAACAUCCUCCAGACCAAAUCAAGCAGGGACUUGACAUACCAAAAGGCAAAGCGAGGAGAGCGAGCCAGGGCGCGGGGAAGGCGAGCCAGAGCCGCGAUCGCUGCCAGGGCCGGACAGCAGCAUGGCAAGCGCCGGGGCACACACGGAUGAGCGCUGCCGGCAGCCUGCCUUCCUCCCCGGCCCGCCGCCGACAGAAGUUGAGAGCGGCAGCGGCAGCGCCAAGGUGCAGAGGAUGUGUGCAGCUAGGCAGAUGCUGCUGCUACUGCUGGCCUUCCUGGCCUAUGCAUUGGAUUCAGCUGCGGCGUAUGGCACGGCAGAGACCCUCUGUGGUGGGGAGCUGGUGGACACGCUGCAGUUCGUCUGCGGGGACAGGGGCUUCUACUUCAGUAGACCAGUGGGACGAAAUAACAGGAGGAUCAACCGUGGUAUCGUGGAGGAAUGCUGCUUUCGGAGCUGCGACCUGGCUCUGCUGGAAACCUACUGUGCCAAGUCCGUCAAGUCAGAGCGUGACCUCUCCGCCACCUCCCUUGCGGGCCUCCCAGCCCUCAACAAGGAGAGCUUCCAGAAGCCAUCUCACGCCAAGUACUCCAAGUACAACGUGUGGCAGAAGAAGAGCUCGCAGCGGCUGCAGCGGGAGGUGCCUGGCAUCCUGCGUGCCCGCCGGUACCGGUGGCAGGCAGAGGGGCUGCAAGCAGCUGAGGAAGCCAGGGCGAUGCAUCGUCCCCUCAUCUCCUUGCCCAGCCAGCGGCCUCCGGCACCGCGGGCAUCCCCUGAAGCGACCGGCCCCCAGGAAUGAACUGUGACCGGCCGGCUGGAUUUGCGAUCUCCCGGGGAGAGACUGGCGAGACUCGGCCCCCCCUGAGCCCCUCCGUCCCCAAGCCGAGGAGCGGGGCGGCAGGCACCAUCACACCGCUCCGGCCCCAACCAAACAACUGACACAAGCAAGGAGGGGAUGGCAGCGGCCGUGUGCAGCGUCCUCCUUUUGGGGUGGGGGGGAGGGUUGUUUCGUUUCCCAGGCCUGUUUCGUUUCCCUCGCGCACCCAGUAUUUUUCAAGCCUUGUACUUACGAAGGGACAGUUGGGCACUUGAACUUUUUGCUGCCGGGCGCUGUGUGACAUCCCCAGUGCCAACACUAGAAGACAAAAGAACGAGCAAGAGGGAAAAAGGAUAUGAAGUUAACUUUUCUUUUAAAUUUUAUUUUAUUUUUCUCAAGAAGAAAAGUCCAUUCCAUGUCUUUCUUGACAAUAAAGUGAAAAGCAAAAACAAAUGGGGAGAGAUGUUGAGGGAUGUAACUUUUUUGCCUCAUUCCCAUCCAACUUUUUUUUUUUUUCUUUCUUUUUUUGUUGGUAACUUUUCUUAUUUUUAUAACUUUUUUUUGCACCUUUAAAAAGAAAAUGUAACUGAGACGAAGUUCCGAGGAGUCCCAUCUGCAUUUUUUGUGUGUGUGCUUAAUUACAAGAUUCCAAAUCGACUUGCACCUUUUUGAAACCAUCGCUGACGGGAGAAAGAGAGGAAGAGGAGAGAGAGAGAGAAAGAGAGAGAAGAAAAA